CAGCGUGUUGUUUGCAGGAGGGGUUUUGUUGAGGGUGGGUCUUUGCUCGGCUAAAACGCUAAUGGCAGCGCCUGGUCCUUGUCUCCCGGCUCGGGCUCCGCCUCCGGAGACUGUCAGUGGCUGGGUGGCCUGAAGGCGGGGGAGAGGGAGGCAGCCAGCCGGCCGGAGAAAGAUGCCGGGGUUGGUGGUAUUCGGGAGGCGCUGGUCCCUGGCGAGCGACGAUCUGGUGUUUCCCGGGGCCUUCGAGCUGCUCCUGCGGGUUUUGUGGUGGAUCGGAAUCCUUGCUUUGUACUUGACUCAUAGAGGACAGUUCGACUGUAAAGGAGGAGGGUUCCUUCCCAGCUAUCUUGUGGUCUUGAUUGUUAUUUUAGCUGCGAUUAUCUUAGUUCUUUCCAUAAUUGUUUAUGUCAGUAUGCAAGGAACGAUCACCAAGCCAGGUCCAAGACAACAUAUCCCGGCUCUGAUUUAUAUCCGUACUACUCUUUAUUUACCUGAACUGAUCUGGGCAUUCUUGGGUGCUGUCUGGGUCAAUGAUGAAAGCCAGGGCUGUGCUCCCUCUGUUGUUGCCACGAUUACUAUAGCUGUCAUUGCCAGUUGGGUUUUCUUAUUCUUCACGGUGGUUGCUGUCUUAAUUUUCUUCGACCCUCUGGGCAGACCCAAACAUUUAAACUACUUAGUAAGCAUGGCCCAUGACUUGGAGAGCAGUGACGCAGUCCAAGCAAAGUCUAUGGCGUCACGGGUAUGGGAGUGCAGAUUGAAGCUGAUGUGUUGCUGCGUUACAAAAGAUACAAAGGACAACCGGGCUGCCUUUACAGACAUUGCAGAACUCUUCUCUGCCUUUUUUCUGGAUACAGACCUGGUGCCUGGUGAUAUCGCUGCAGGACUGACUCUCCUGCAUCAGGAGCAGGAUAAGAAAGAGAAGUGCAGCGAUCUGGAGGUGGUGGCUUGUACUCUCCCUCAACCACAAUCUGCUGAAGAGCUGGAUAUAGAAUUGGAGAACUCUGCUCACUACAUGCAGUUUGCUGUUGCAGCAUAUGGAUGGCCAUUGUACAUCUUCAGUAACCCCCUAACUGGCAUAUGCAGGCUGAGCCAUAACUGCAUGUGUUGUAGAAGCCAAUUUCCCGAGCAGGACAUAGUCGGUGGGGAUCAUGUGGGCUGCCAUUUCGCCUCCAUGCUGCAAACUACAGGGCUGCAAAACCGGGAUUUUAUCCACAUCAGUUUUCACAACAAGAUUUACGAAAUUCCAUUUUAUGUGGCACUGGAUCACAAAAAGGAGACUGUGGUGGUGGCCGUGAGAGGAACUCUUUCACUGGAGGAUGCUUUGACGGAUUUGAGUGCAGAUCGUGAGACGUUGCAUGUAGAUUGUGUGACAGGAGAAUCUUUGGCACAUAAGGGUAUUAUGCAAGCUGCACGUUACAUUUACAAGAAGCUAAUUGAUGAUGGGAUUUUAAACCAAGCUUUCUCAGUUGUGCCGGAAUACAAGCUGAUUAUAACUGGCCACAGCCUGGGGGCAGGAGCAGCCUCGAUCCUUGCUAUAAUGCUCCACGCAUCCUUCCCAGCACUUCGAUGCUAUGCGUUUUCUCCUCCAGGAGGUCUGCUAAGUAAGCCCUUGGCAGAUUAUAGCAAAAAAUUUAUCAUAUCCGUUGUACUAGGCAAGGAUCUCAUUCCAAGGUUGAGCCUUUGCAACAUGGGAGACCUGAAAAGAAGAAUAUUGAGAAUAGUUGCCCAAAGCAACCGGCCUAAGUAUCAAAUCCUGCUGCGCGGAUGUUGGUAUGAGAUAUUUGGAGGUGAUCCAGCCAGUUUCUCUGACUAUCUGGACAACAGUCAACAGGGGCGACUGACCGAGCCACUUCUCGCGGAACAGAAUCUCAUGGGGCACCAAUCCAGUUCGUACAGCAGCAUCCCUGAUGAAUCACCUUCGAGUUCACCUUUUCAAGGCCCUCAACUCUCUCUUCCAGGGAGGAUCAUUUACAUUAUGGAAAAAUACAGCACAGGGAGUUUCUGCUUUUCCGAAGCAAAGUACUGUGCGUUGUGGUGUGAUGCAUCAUUCUUCAGCAACAUUCUGAUCAGCCCCAAGAUGAUAACUGACCACAUGCCGGACCUUGUGUUCAAAGUCCUCAAAGACCUGACUCAAGAGGCACCCUACAUUCGCUGUUCCACGUCACCUCCUGCACCAGGCGAGGCGUGUUGAAACUUGCUGUUGGCAUCCAAUGCAAAGUUCCGGUCGCUGGGAGUCUAAUGAGUCUGUUAAACCUUUUGGUGUGAUUUCGCCCACCACUAUUUUACACCAUGCUUUAGACUUUCCAGAAAGGGGCCAGAGACUGUGUGCUGUACUGGCCCAUGUUUGUGAAUGGCCAUAUUACAAACAGCUACAAUGACUGUAAUCAACUGUUUUGAGUUUCUGUGGCUGUUGUACUGCUGCGUGGGGCUAUGCCACUUCCACUUAGACUUCAUUUUCCCUCUUCAAUUUCUUUUUUUUUAAAUGUAUGAAAAUAUAAAUGGGUACCUGAAGGGUGAAGGAACAGAUUCACUUGAGACAACACGACUGCUCCAAUCAGUUGAUGAGAAUCAUGGCAUUGCUUUAAUCUCAUUCUUCCUUGAAGGUUCUUGGGUUACCCUAGGAGCGUGAGGUUCAGGAACUCUUUCAAUAAGCAACCCAUUGGUUUCCCACUUUAAAACAUUUAGUACACUUGCCUUUUUGUGGUGUCAGGGAGUUUGCUUAUUUUGUGUAGACUUGUUUGAGCCAUGUAAUUCUGCAUCAAUACACUUAUUCUGGCAGAGCAGCUGGAGUUGCAUGUUCCUUCCUUAAUUAACAGCAUAGGUUUUAACCCAAGAUUAAUUGGUUAUGCAGAAACCAUGCAAUAUUAAUAGGGAUGUGGCCUGGGCAUCUGAUGAGGUAGUGCCUUUAUAAGUUCUCUGGCCGCAAUUCCUGUCCCAUAGCACAAAUUUGUUUACCCUAGGUACAGCGAUACUCUAGAUGAGCUUUCUGGUCCCAGCAUUGCACUUGCUGAUUAUUGAGUCAAACUGUAGCUUGUCAUUUAUUAAUCCUUCAUAGUUUUGGUCCAUUUGUGUUUAAUCUCACCAGCAGAGUUGGCUUCCAUGUGCAUUUUUCAUUCUUUGGAGCUAGGUUUACAUUAACAAUCUUUGUCAGGCUGCAGUUUUGACUUUUUUUUAAAGAUUUGUGUACAAAAUAAACUAAAUCUGGCAUGUUUGAGCUGAAUGUAAGCCCAGUUUUAAAUUUUGUUUGAUAAACACCCCUGUGAAACAUUGGAAUAUUUUACAUUAAAGACACUGUUAAUAUAAGUUGUUGUUGUUUGAAUGUAGAUGGUACUUUUUCACAUUAGCCUGCUGGACUAUCAAAUUGCACAAAGGGAUUUUUGAAAGUAAAAUCUCUGAAGGAGACAAAGAUAGGAUUGAAUUUAAUUGAAAUUAGAGUAUCCACCUCCCCACAAAAUGUCUAACCCUACCAAUAAAUAUUCCAGCCUUGUA